ACCAUGGUUUAAUCUUAUGUCUCAAAUGCUAUGCGAAGUGAUAAACGAUGAGGAAACGUUCAGUAAAAAUCCAGUAAAAUUCGCUCCAUGUGCUGGGACAAAGAGCAAGCGCACCAAACACUCUCGAACAUUCAAUGAGCAUGGGCAACUUAUCUCAAAAGAUAACUAUGAAAAAAAUUUUAAAAGCAAAUCGGAAAAGAAUGAUUCCAACACCUCAGUUCUCACUGAAGAGGAGCUCAAACACUCAGGAUUCGAAAAACCAAAAGCACAGCGUCAAAAUGCUAAUUUGCAUGGUGAAUUAAAACCAGGUGAUGAUGAAAAUGAUCAGCAUAACAAAUGUCGAUCCUGUGGUUGGGAAACAGAAAAAAGUCAGGCCGAGUCACACAGUAGAACAUAUGAACUUAAUAAUUGUAAAGAGAGCAGAACCGAAAUUCAAUCUGAAACUGAGAGAACUUUUCCAGUAAAUUCAUCAAAACUUGCCGAUCAAAAUUUGGUUGAGGAAACAAAUCCUCCACGUUUGUGUGGCAAGAAAGUUAACUAUUCAAGUAGGGAAACUCAAAUACAGGAAACAGAUGUUACUCAAUCUCAAAAAAACGUUGAAAUCCAUGAAGAUCAUCCUAACCCAAUGCAAAAUUAUAGAGGAAAGUGUGCUUCUACUCGACAAAAAAAUUUCGAAGAUACAGAAGAUACGACAUAUCAAGAUAAUAUCAAAGCAGUAAAAUUAGCAGACGAUAUUUUAUCAAAAGAAAUUAAUUAUGUUCACUGUCCCGGAAGUAAAAAAGAGUUUGGAAACAAUAUUGCAACUCAUCCAAGUUACAUUGCCCAUGAUACUCAAAGCUACUAUUUGGAACACAUCCAGCCCAAUUUUGAAAUAAAUCGAACUAGCCAUCAUAUCCAUGAACCUACGCCAAAUAUGGUUCGUUACCAAGACGCAUUUAAUCAGCAGUCACAGAGAGCAGCACAGUUUUUUGACGACAUAGUUGGGAAUGAUAAUGUGUCUCCUACCAGGUAUAAUGCAUCCGUUCAGCAAUUCGACGGAGUUAGGCCUGCAGUAUUACCAAUCACAUCUGAAGAAGAUAAAUAUGAAGUCUGCCCACGAUUUACAAUCAUUAUCCCAAAUUCAGAUGACGAGGAUCAACAUCUAGAAAUUAUUGGAUACGAAGUUAGUGCGAUCAAUCGACAACUAUCGAAGUCUAUGUUGUGCUCACAUGAGAGUGAAAAAAAAGCAAUGAGCACUUUUGAAUGCUUGUGUAAAACCGAUACACAUGUAGCAAGUAGAAAUGUAAAUAUGGAUUCGGCAAGACAUAGCAAUGUUAUUAAGUUGGACAUAAACCAUGGACGUUCCAGGCACAAUCAUGCAAAGAAACGGAUUCGUACCGCAAGAACUGCCUGCGAAAAGCAAUCCGAAGAUGACUCUCAGCAUCAAGAUGUCACGAAAAUUGGAGUACAGCAUAAACCAUCUACCAGUAAGGGUACGCAGACUGAUACAUCUUAUGAAAAUGAAAUAAUCCAGACAAUCCCAGAUGUACAAACAGGGGAACCGAAUCGUUCGAAAUCUGUUUAUAACAAAGACGUUUCUUCAAUGACCACAUCACUACGCCAUAAUGCUGCACCACUUCCAACUCUACAUAGAGAUGAACUUCCGAUAGAUCAAUACUCACAUGAAUUGAAUGAUGAUCCAGUAAGCAAAGAACCAUCGUGCUGUACAGCACGCCCAGAAAUUAAGAAUAGCUCAUUGCCAGCGGAGAGUUUUGAUAAUACGAGGAUAUUACUGAAUGUUAUUGUAAAAAUAUUAGAAGCUGAUAGCACACAGGAAGUACCGAUAAACUUGCAAAGAACUUUAAAUACAAUGCUUGACACGUUUCAAGAAAUAGCAACACUUCCACCAGCCACUGUAGGACACCAGGAGAGUAAUGAUAAUGAAUUAGAAGAUGCUGUGCUUGAUAAUAUUACGAUGGAGAGCACCCAGUAUCAAUUGCUUCCUUUCGACAAACCGUCUAAGAGUAAACAGGAUCAAAAGAAAAAUUCACAAGACUCACCUACCAAGACAGUGGAGAUUGAUGAUGCGACUGAAAAUUUAAGGCCACAGUCUCCCAUCGAAGGACCUAUUCGUCUUAGCAGCAUAUUGGAAGAUGAAAGGACCAUGUACCUCUUUCCAGAAGGGGUCAAUUAUGUAGUAAAUAAUGAUACUAGUGGAAACAAACAAAACCCUGAAGUUGUGACUGAAAAAAACCAAUCAACCAAUGAAACAGAUAUUAGAUUAACUCAAAUAAAUGAACCAACAAAUGAAAGAAAUGCCAGGAACGUUUUGCAGAAUACACUUCCAGAUCAUUCGAAUAUAUCAAACUCUAUAUCCGGUCCAGUUCUUGAUUAUACAAGUGAAUUUGGUGGAAAUGAACCCAUUCCUUCGUCAUCCCGGAACAUCAGCGAGACUCUAGCUGCAAGCCAACUAGCAAAAGAUUUCUUAGAUGUUGUAAAAUAUACAAUAAUGAUGGAUCAAAUGCUACAUCCUAAGGAAAACGGAAACAACGAAUGCUGCAAACAACCGAGAAAAUCAACGGAUUCACGACAUUUACGAAGAUGAUGAGAUCUGAUGUAUAUCCUGUCAGCAUUACCAACAUCUGUUGACUUCCGUUACACCAGAGAAUGGGGUAACUGUUCAUUAAUUACGUACCAGCCACACUUCGAACAGCGAAAUAUUUCAAAACUAAAGCAAGGAUUGUGAAAAUAUUUGAAACUGUUUUUAUAAGCUCUCAUUAAAAUUUUAUAAACUAAAUAUGAAAUUUAAAAAUAAAUCCAACUAUAUACAUAUGAGUCAGUAAAUAAU